AUGAUUUUUUCUUCGGUAUCACUAAAAAGCUUGCUUGCAAUUGCGAGUUUUUCUUUACUUUUAGACAAUGUUGGUGCUACUGGUUCAUUGUGUACAAAAUCAGCACAAACUUACUCCUCUUCUAAUAACAACGCAGCCGACAAAUCGUCUUUAUCCUAUUAUAUCUCCAAAGAGAACAACAAAUAUAAACUAAAAUGGGUUUAUUCCGUCGACGAUUCAUCCAAUGUCAAAAAAGUCAAAUUUAGAAAUGAAAAAAAAUAUUCUUCGACCUCUGGUGGUAACAAUAAAUGGUGCAAAGGUUUCGUUUAUGAAUAUUCGGCCGAUCAAUGGGAUGGCCUUUUAGACUCAGAUUUAAAUUUCGAAUAUUACUUUGAUGACACCCCUGUAUACUUCAGAAAAAGUUGCGAGGGCUAUUCUAAUUGUAAUGUCAUUGAGUCUCCACCAACAACAGCUUGUAGUUGUUCACAAGAAACAACAUCUAUAGAAAUCACUGUCCCAACAGUCACUUCAUCUUGCCAAAAUUACAACACUCAAACCUCUGCCUCUUCUGAUGAAAUAACAACAUCUACAACAGUCCUAUCAACUCUUUCCAUAGUAUCUGCAACAACCAUUUCUACAGCGUCUGCAACCACUUCUGGCUGUUACAAACAUGCUGAACAAACAUUCACAUCAGGUUAUCAUCAUGGUCCAUCAUGCACCGUUUCUUAUUAUGUUUCAAAGAACUCGAAUCAAGGAUAUUCGUUAGAAUGGGUAUUCUCUCACAACGAAAGCACAGAUUCAGUUCGAAAAGUUGAUUUGGUGUGGCCAAUAUCUGAAAACAAGUAUGGUGGAAAAGGCAACAACAAAGGCUAUUGUUCAGGAUUCAGUCAGAAAUGGAAAGGCAAAUCGUGGAGCUAUUUGACUGACUCAGAUUUGGAAUUCAAGUACAAGUUCGAUACUUGGGGAGAGAUCAUAUACAGCACCAAAUGUGGUAACAGAGAUAAUUGUAAUUCGAUUGACUUACCAGCCAAUUCUCCAGAUGAUUCCUGUGAAUCUGUCACAAUCACUACUCCAUCAGCUCAAUGUACUACAAGUUUACCAACAUGUAAUCCAUUACCUUCAACAAUUAUGUCUUCUGACUCUAGUUUAUCUUCAAUCACUUCUUCUACAAUUUCAUCUGGUAUUUCAUUUAGUGUUUCUAGUGAUGUUUUCUCUACUAUUUCUUUUAUUGUUUCUAGUGAUGUCUCAUCUAGUGUUGUUUCAUCUAGUACUUUUUCUGAAUUUUCUAGUGGUUUCACUAGUGAUACUUUAUCCACUUUUUCUUCAGGUGCUUCAUCUUCUGAUUCAACUUCAUUUGACACAUCAAGUGACAUUUUUUCAACUAUUUCGUCUGGUGUUUCGAAUGGUUUGACCAGUGGUGUUUCCUCUACUAUCUUUGGUGAUGUUUCUUCUAGUAUUUCAAGUGAUAUUCCCUCUGCACUUUCUUCAGAUGUUUCUUCAUUUGAUUCAAUGUCAUCUGGAGUCUCAAAUGAUAUCUCUUCCACUAUUUCCUCCGAUUUUUUCUCUUCCGAUUCAACUAUUAUUGCCUCUGGUAAUUCAAAUGAUGUUUCCUCUACUGUUUCUUCUGAUGUUUCCAGUAGUGUUUCUUCUAUGAUUUCCUCUGGUGUCUCCUCUUCUGACUCAACUACAAUAUCAUCUGGUGGAUCAAGUGAUAUCUCUUCCACUCUUUCCUCUGAUAUUUCCUGCGACGUUUCCUCUUCUGAUUCAACUAUUAUUUCUCCCAGUGUUUCAAGUGAUGUUUUAUCUACUGUUUCUUCUGGUAUUUCCUUUUCCGAUUCAACUUCAUCUAGCUCAUCAAGUCAUAUCUCUUCUACUGUUUCUUUUGAUGUUUCCUCAUUUGAUUCAACUUCAUCCAGUGCUUCGAGUGAUAUUUAUUUUACUGCUUCUUCUAGAGUAUCUAGUGGUUUCGCCAGCGAUAUUUCCUCUAGUGUUUUUUCAGGUGCUUCAUCUUCUGAUUCAACUUCACUUGGCGCAUCAAGUGAUUUUUCCUUUGACAUUAUUUCUAGUGCUUCUUCUUUUGAUUCAGCUUCCUCUGAAACCUGGAGUAUUAUUUCUUCCACUGUUUCAAGUGGUGUUUCAAGUGAUGUUUCAUCUGGUUUUUCCAGUGGUGUUUCUUCUACUGUUUCUUCUGAAUUAUCUAAUGUUGUUUUUUCCACUGUUUCUUCGGAUGUGCCAAGUGAUGCUUUCUCUGAUAUUUCUAGUACUUCUAUUAUUUUGUCCAGCUUUUCCUACAUCACAUCUGUUAUAUCUUUUACUUCUGGAAGUUCCGGAGAUAUUAUUUCAAGUUUUACUAGUGCUGACAGCUCAACAUCUCAACACCUAUGA